AUGCCUCUGUCACGAUCGCCUAGGGAGCUUCUGCUCCUUCGGCGGCAGUUGACGAACCUCGGCCGCCCCACCCACUUUUCCCGAGCCAUCGCUACCUUUACUCCAGCCAGCCAAGCGAGCGCGAUAUCGUUAAUACAGAGCUCCAUCGACACCUCGUCGGAAGAGUUCAAGGAAAAUGAGAAGCAAAUGGCAGAGGUCGUGACCCGCAUGCGGGAACUCACCAAGAAAGCCCAGCUCGGCGGCUCGGCAAAAGCGAGAGAGAAGCAUUUGGCGCGGAAGAAGAUGCUACCUCGCGACCGCGUUGCUGCCCUCAUAGAUCCCGGCACGACCUUUAUGGAGCUCUCGCCGCUUGCCGGCCAUGAGCUCUACCCCGAAGCCGAAGUCCCCGCUGGCGGCAUCGUUACCGGGGUCGGUGUCGUUGAAGGUGUGCACUGCGUCAUCGUGGCGAACGAUAGUACGGUAAAGGGCGGAACCUAUUAUCCCAUCACCGUCAAGAAGCACCUGAGAGCACAGGCAGUCGCCCAAGAAAAUAAGCUUCCAUGCAUCUACAUGGUCGAUAGCGGCGGCGCCAACCUUCCUCACCAAGCAGAUGUCUUCCCGGACAAGGAGCACUUCGGACGCAUCUUUUAUAACCAGGCGAGGAUGAGCUCCCAGGGAAUCCUCAAAUCUCAGUCGUCAUGGGUCCCUGCACAGCGGGCGGCUGCUACCGGAGAGGUUGUUAGCCCCGAGGACCUCGGCGGUGGCCUCAUGCAUUCCUCCGUUUCGGGUGUCACCGAUUACCUAGCAGUCGAUGAUGCCCAUGCCAUCACACUGGCGCGCCGUUGCCCCCUCCCAAUCCGUGAGGUGAUUGCCCGCAUCGUGGACGGCUCCAAGUUUUCCGAGUUUAAGCGCGAUUUCGGAACGACCCUCGUGACUGGCUUCGCCCAAAUCUACGGCCAGCAGGUCGGAAUCGUUGCCAAUGACGGCAUCCUCUUCGCCACGUCUGCCAUGAAGGGCGCCCAUUUCAUCGAGCUCUGCGCUCAGCGAGGCGUUCCCCUCAUCUUCCUUCAGAAUAUCUCGGGCUUCAUGGUAGGAGCCCAAGCCGAGCGCGAGGGCAUCGCGAAGCACGGCGCCAAGCUCGUCACUGCCGUCGCGUGCGCGGAUGUGCCCAAGUUUACCGUGGUCGUGGGUGGCUCCUACGGCGCGGGCAACUACGGCAUGUGCGGCAGGGCGUAUAGCCCAAGGUUCCUCUGGAUGUGGCCCAACGCCAAGAUUGGUGUCAUGGGAGGCGAGCAGCUGUCCAGCGUGAUGGAGACGGUUGGAAAGGCGGAUCCCCAGCUGAGGGAUAGGAUAGACCAGGAGAGCGACUCGGUGUAUUCCACCGCCAGGCUGUGGGAUGACGGCAUCAUCCCCCUGAGCACACCCGGCAGUAUCUCGGCCUGGGCCUGA